UUUUAAUAUGGCGGCCAAGAACGUCAGUGGAGUGCUGAAGACGAUUAUUAAUGCUGGCAAAGCUUCUCCUUCACCUCCACUAGGCCCUGCUUUAGGUCAGAGGGGGAUCAACAUUCAGCAGUUUUGCAAAGAGUUCAAUGAUAAAACGAGGCAUAUCAAAGAAGGUGUCCCUAUACCAACAGUUAUACAUUACAAGGGUGACAGAUCAUUUAAAUUUGAGACUUCAACUCCAACUGUGUCAUAUUUCUUGAAGUCAGCUGCAGGGAUUGAGAAAGGAGCUCAAAAACCAGGGAGAGAGAUUGCUGGGACUGUAACAUUGAAGCAGAUCUAUGAGAUUGCUAAAAUCAAGAAGCAGGACAAAGCAUUUAGAAAUGUUCCUUUAGAAAGUGUUUGUAAGACAAUUAUGGGGUCUUCCAGAAGUAUUGGAAUAGAGAUUGUAUCAGGACAGGAUAYAUGAUGGAUAACAAUGGAAUCAUUGUAUAUAUCAGCAGUAUUUAAGGAAURACAAUGGAUUAUGAGACCUGGAAGAAAUGAUAAGAACUACAGUACCCUUAUCAAGAAWAUGUCACUCCUCUAGACAUGUCUCAGAAUCAUUUAUUGUGGACAAGCCAUUUAAAUACAAUGAAAAUAYGUUUAUAAUUAAAACUGAGAAAGCUGAAUUUGGUAUCAUUACUUAUACCAAACCUUACUACAAAAUCUAUUACUGUUGUAUUACCAACACACACUGUAAAAGUAUGUUAAUUUAUACAAGCACUUUAAUUUUGGUAAUUCUUGYCACGUUUAUGCUGAUUCAUGUUUGGAUAAGAAUAAUAUUGCAUUUGUCAUAAUCUUCUUCCCAUACAUGUUUUGCAGGACAGUGACUAUAGUUUUGUAGAUUGUAAGGGUAUCACAGAUAUACACUUAAAAUAACAGUAACUACAACAGGAUUUAUACAUUAGACCAUUUGUGGUGUCCAAGUGUCAGUAAUUACCAGGAGAUUUGUAAGAUGGUUGGCAAUAAAAUAUACCUUUUAUUUCCCA